AUGGUGUCUCCAGCGAUUGCCCUGGCUUUCCUCCCUUUCAUUGUGACCCUGCUGAUCCGGUACCGGCACUACCUGGUGCUGCUGUACCGGGCAGUGCUGGUGGUCUGGCUGCGGGACCGGCUCACCGGCACCUCGCGGGAGCAGCGCGCCUUCCAGUACGUGCUGGCCCACGCCAUCCCUGGGGACCCCCACCACAUCCUCCAGACCUUCGAUCAGUGGUGCUACCACUGUGAGCACCUCAGCUGUGUGGGGCCCGACAAAGGGCGGAUCGUGGAGCGGGUGCUGCUGGAGCGGGCCCCGCUGCGGGUGCUGGAGCUGGGCACGUACUGUGGCUAUGGCACCGUGCUGCUGGCACAGGGGCUGCCCCCAGGCGCCCGCCUCUACACCAUCGAGGGCGACCCCCGACACGCUGCCGUGGCCGAGAAGGUGAUCCGGCUGGCCGGCUUCAGCGAGGAGACGGUGAGCACUGGCACUGGGACAAAGCCUAGCUUUGCAUGGGAAACCGGGGAGGAGAUGGGUGACUGAGGGGGUGCAGCACAGGUGGAGCUGAUCGUGGGCCCCUCGGAGGAGGUGAUACCCCACCUGCGGGAGAAGCACGGCCUGGUGAACGCCAACUUUGUCUUCAUGGAUCACUGGAAGCGCAGCUACCUGCGGGAUCUGCGGCUGCUGGAGAGCCACCAGCUGUUGGCUGAGGGGGCCACCAUCCUGGCGGAUAACGUCCUCUUCCCUGGAGCACCCCAUUUCCUGCAGUACGCCAAGACCUGCGGCAAAUACCACUGCAAGGUGCACCGCGCCAGCCUGGAGUACUUCCGCGCCAUUCCCGACGGGAUCGCCGAGCUCCGCUACACUGGCACCCACUGA